UGUUGCCCCUCGUUUCUUUAUUUUCUUAUUACAGAUUAUUCACCAAUCUAUAAUUAAACUUAAAUUUAAAUCUAAAUUUGGAUACUGUCUAAUCCCCACUUUAAAUUUCUAAAAAACACAAUCAAAGGGAGUAAAAAUUGUGUCUUUUCAAAGAAGAGGGACUGGUAACCUCACCUGGAAGGGGGUGGGGUGUCUGGGACCCCUAAAAUCGAGAAUAAAAGAAUGUUGUCUUGUUGGUUGGAUCCAGUUGAAUCUGUAGUCAUUGUUGAAAACAAUGUUUUUAUUAUGUUAUAUAAUAUUAAAUAUAUAUAAUGUAUAAAUAGAUAUAUUCUGACACAAUGUCAUCGUAUUUAUAUUGCAAUAUCAUUGUACUUUAAUCUAUAAUUUAUAUAAUGAACAUCCCACAUUCAUAUUCAAAAUUAGAUAAAAUGUUAAAUAUGUGAAUGAAAAUUGUUACAAUAAAUCGUUUAUACAAAGGAAACAAUAUGAGUGGUAUCUGCAGCCGGUAUUUAGUAACAAAGAAUGGUUUUCUACAUCAUGGGAAACAAGACUUUGUUGCAUCAACUUUUGCAUAUUACCCAUCUUCCAAACAAAAACGCAACCAUUCUAGUUCCGUGGAACCAGUCAAACUAGCAUAUGUUUCCUAUGAAUCAAUGAGUGGGAAAAGUAAUGCUCCAAAACAACCUGUUAUAGUAAUGCAUGGUCUCUUUGGUUCAAAAAAUAACUGGAAUUCAUUAUCAAAAGCAAUCCAUCAACAAACAUCUCGUAAGGUGAUCACUAUAGAUGCAAGGAACCAUGGAGAUUCUCCACAUUCUACAGAAAUGUCUUACAAGCAUAUGGCAAAAGAUAUAGUUCAACUAAUGAAUGAUUUAGGAUUUGAAAAAACUGUAUUAGUAGGACACAGUAUGGGAGGUUCCGCGGCGAUGUACGUAGCUUUAAAUUAUCCACAGUUAGUUGAAAAAUUAAUAGUAGUGGAUAUGUCGCCAGUGAGAACUAGUCCUCAGCUUAUGGAAAUGGAGAAAAUAUUUAGAGCGAUGAGUAAUGUAAAUCUAGAUGGAAUUACGACGCUUACGAAAGCUCGGAUUACAGCAAAGGAUCAACUUGCAGCUGCCAUUAAAUCUUUAAGUUUACGUCAGUUUUUAAUAAUGAAUUUAGUAGAAGCAGAUAUAGGAAAAUUCAAAUGGCGGGUUAAUUUACCUGUAUUAGAACAAAAUUUUGCGACACAAAUAGCCGUAUUUCCUCCUGUAGGAUCGAAAGUUUAUAAUGGGCCAACGUUGUUUAUAGGGGGCUCUAAUAGCGAUUAUAUCAAAGUAGAAGAUCAUGGCAAAAUAAGGCAAUUAUUCCCUUUAGCUGAAAUUUUGUAUAUAAAUGGCGCGGAUCAUUGGGUUCACGUAGACAAACCGACAGAAUUUUUAAAGAUCACUACUAACUUCAUUAAACGAUCAUAAUUUAUUGUUAUAUCGUAAAUGUAAAAAAAGUACACAGUGAUUUUUGUAAAUAUAUAUACAUAUAUAUUUGUGAAAUGUUUAACAGUACAUAUACAAAAUAAGAAAGAAAUAGCAAAAGAAAAUAUAACUAUACACAGUGUGAACAAAUUGUGUUUUCUGUGCUUAAAAACUUUAACACUUUUUUAGUCUUUUUUAUCUGUUGUCUCCAUGAAAAAUACAUGUUUCAUGCCUCCCAUUUAUAAGGCCAUAUUUUACUACUCAAAGUGUAAAACUUUUGUAAGAUAUUUCAUUGUUUAACACAGAAACGUUUAAUGAAAUAAGUAAAUGCAUUAAAAGCAUUGAAAAAAUUGUACGUGAUGCAAUUGUUGAAAUCAAACAUUAAUGUAAAUAUUUAAAGAAAUUGAAAAUAUAAGUUAAAAA